CAUGAUUGAAACCAGACCAGUUCCUAAAUUCACCAUUCAAGAUUUACUAUAUGGGACUCAAGUCUUGUAUUUUGUUGUCUUCUCCACACACCUCUACACUGUCGAUUAUAGUCUACAGCCUACAGGAAAGAUGUGCUUUUACUUUGAUAACAAAGCGGAAAGACUUUUAUUAUGGCACAUUUGAAUGUGAACAUACUUGGUGACGUGGUUAGAGUUCGAGUUUGUGUCAGAUGCUGCUACAAUGUAACGUUAACAAGCGUUCAUUGAUUGAGAGCUUACUGAAACGCAACGAUGAUCUGCAUUUUACUAGUUGCUGGGCAUGACACGGUUUUACAGGCACAGUUGAAGAAUGAUGACACAGGUUUGUAUGGUCACCUGACCGGAGUUCCCAAGGCCCUGCUCCCUGGGGUGGGAGGAAAGAAGAUCCUGGACUUUUGGUGGGAAACCGUAAACACGAGACAGUUGUUCACUGAAGUGUAUCUGGUCACAAAUGCGGACAAGUAUAAACAUUAUGAGCGCUGGGCGACCGCUAAUGAUUUUCCAGUGGAGAACUUGGUAAAUGACGGGAGCACCACGUUAGAAGAUCGUCUUGGUGCCGUGGCUGACCUUGAGUUAGCCAUUCGAAGCCGUGGACUUAAAGAUGACAUAAUGGUGAUUGCUGGAGACAUGCUCUGUGCUGACCAGAACUUUGAUAUAGCACAAGUGGUCCGGUUCUAUAGAUCAAAGCCAGGAGACCUGGUAAUAUACUAUGAGCUGGAAGAGAGCGAGAAGAGCGACUCCCGUGGCAUCGUGCAGGUGUGCCCAGACACGCACAGGAUCACUUGCUUCCUGGAGAAGCCACCUGAGGGCCAGACAUCGUCUCGGUUGGCCAGCGUAGUAUUCUACUGCCUACAGAAGGAGACGCUCCCCUACCUGUCAGAGUUCCUCUCCAAAACCCAGGAGAUCAGUGCCCGCACCAUGGGGAAGUUUUGGGAGUGGUUCAUCAACAUCCAGGAGAUGCCUGUGUUCGGCAUGAAGCUUCCCACCGGGUUUCAGCUUAUUGGCCAAGUGGGGCUGUCAGAAUAUGCCAAAUGGUUGGCCCACUAUUCUGCCAAGCAACGAGAGCCUCCUGUCAAGCCCAUUACAUGCCGUUCAUUUGCCAGAGUUGGACUUAUGGGGAACCCUUCAGAUGGCUUUCACGGCAAAACAAUUGCUAUGUCCAUCUCUAACUUCUGGGCCGAGGUCACACUUCUGGAAAACCAGACUCUGGUCCUUCUUCCUCAUCCACUCAAUGACCCCACAGAAUUUGGCAGUCUGCAGGACCUCUACCACAUCAGCAGAAAAGAAGGGUACCUGGGGGGUCUACGCCUACUACAGGCUACCUGCAAGAAAUUCUAUCAAUUCUGCUCCAAACAAGGAAUUGCUUUGCGAAAGCAGAAUUUUACUCUCAAGUAUGACACCAACAUCCCACGGCAGGUGGGACUGGCUGGAAGCAGUGCUAUUGUGUCUGCAACCCUGAAAUGCCUGAUGAAAUUCUACAACAUUACAGAUAAUGACCUCCCCAAACCAGUGAGGGCCAACUUCAUCUUAAAUGUUGAGACCGAUGAACUCUUCAUCACCGCUGGGCUCCAGGACAGGGUGGUUCAGGUCUAUGAAGGACUGGUAUACAUGGAUUUCAGUAAGCAGCUGAUGGAUGCAAAGGGACAUGGAGAGUACAUUGGCAUGAACAUGGACAGUCUUCCACCUUUCUGGUUGGCCUAUUUGGGGGAUCCCAGUGAUUCAGGCCGAAUACACAGCAAUGUUAGACAGCGAUGGCUUAAUGGAGAGACUGAAGUUAUUAAAGCCAUGAAGUCUUUUGCUGAGCUAACUGACCAAGCAAGGUUGGCCAUACAAAGUAAGGACUGGGCAAUGCUUGCUCAGUUAAUGGACAAGAACCUGGAGCUACGAAGGUCCAUAUACACAGAUGACUGUUUGGGACCUGGGAAUCUGAAGAUGAUUCAGAUAGCAAGACAGUUUGGUUCGUCUGUGAAGUUUCCUGGCAGUGGAGGGGCUGUGAUCGGUCUGUGUUUGGAUCCAGAUCAGAUGGUGGAGAUGAAGAAGGCCUUUCAGGAGGCUGGUUGUGUUUUCUGUAACAUAAUACCUUAUGAUCCCUCUCGUCCUUAGAGUACGAGUCAUGGUCUUAAAUCUGUGAGUAAUUAGCAACAAAGAUAUGAGAUAUGAACACAUAUGCUAAUACCGGUAGCACAUUUUCAACAAAAUGCGGACUAAUUUUAUAAGGAAAGUAAGCAUUGUUUGUAGCAGAUUUGGCAACAGUCCAAUACCAUAUUUCCGACAAGUAGUCCUCAGAAGCAGUAUGUGCUGGAGUGCUAUUUCUUAUAUACAGUUUGAUGAAUGUUUCAUAUUUUCCUUUUUAUAUAUGAUAUGUUUAUACAUUGAAUGUACUGUAACAUUGAGUGGGUGGGCAGGGACACAAAACGUGUAUAUAAAACAUGUUUCCUUUAUUACA